AUGAAUAGCUCAGAAAAUUUAAAAAAAUAUGACAUAAUUGCAGUGAUUCCUAAAACUUUACAAGCUUUUCAGUAUGCAUGUGGCACACUAGAUGUAGAUAUUAUAACAUUUGAGCCAGAAAGUAGAAUACCAUAUAAAAUUAGUCGAAAGCUAUACCGGCAAGCUGUUGAACGAGGUAUAUUUUUUGAAUUGAUGUAUGCUCCUGCUAUAAAAGAUUCUUCUGCAAGGAAAAACAUUAUAAGCACUGCCCAUAACUACCAUGCUGUUGGGAAAUCAAGGAAUAUUAUUAUCACAAGUUCUGCUCUAACUCCCAUACAAACAAGAAGUGUUCAUGAUAUUAUCAAUCUUGGUUUUAUUUUUGGGCUAAAUAGUAACGAAAGUGUAAAAGCAAUAAGAAAUAAUGUGCGUCAACUUAUUCUUAAGGCCCAAGGAAGAAAAUGUGGAAAACAUUAUAUGGAAAUUGAAAGUAUAGAUGUUAAGGAAAAUAAAGCAAAUUUUGAGUGA